GUCGGAGCCGUGGCUGCCGGGCGCAGCCGCAUGGCCCGACGAGCUGAGCCCGUGUCUGCUGCUGCCGCUGCCGCUGCUGCUGCAAAAGCAGCUGCUGCAGCCAAGGGAGCGACUGCAACCACCUCAGCUGUUGCAGGCUCUGCUGGUGUUGGCUCCUUGAAAAAGGGAGAGGAAACCGUUGCAGGCAAGGGUGGAGGAAGUUCAAGCUUUGACCCUGCUACCCAGAUUGGCGCUAUGGCUCCUUUGGGCUUCUUUGACCCGGCAGGGUUUUGCAAGAAGGGCGAUGAGGCCGGAUUCCGCAACCUUCGUGCUGCUGAAAUCAAGCAUGGCCGCGCCGCGAUGAUGGCAGCCCUUGGUGCAGUGGUGCAACACUAUGUGAAGUUCCCUGGCUUUGAGUCUGUUCCAAGUGGCCUUGCUGCUUCCAUCACAGCUCCAGGAAGCUAUGGCUUUGUGGCACUUUUCGCUGUGGCUGGCAUCCUUGAGUUGGGCGCGUGGACUGAGAGUGAUGACAAGGAGCCAGGAAACUUCGGUGACCCCCUUGGCCUGAACCAGUACAACCAGGAAAUGAGAGUCCCGCCUGCGUGGUGGACGACAGAAUAAGAAUAAGAAUAAUAACAACGGCCGCUUCGCGAUGUUCGCGGCUAUUGGCAUCAUUGCCGCGGAGCUGUGCACGGGAAAGGAUGCCGUUGAGCAGUUCGGGCUGUAGACGUCUGCGUGUUUUCCAAAUUUUCGGGUGCUGGCUCCUUUUUUUGGUACAGAUGAGCUAAGCGCCACCGACCAUGGUAUACAUGAUGUUGUGGCCGUGGUCGGUGAAACUUUUCUUAGUAUCUAAUUUUCAGCGGCUGGAGCAUAGAAAGGAAUCAUUGAGGCGACAGAGUUGUCAAUGAAAUUUCCCAGUUGCCCGCAGCACCUGCAAACCAA